CAGAGAUGCCUUCAUUUAGUAGACACGUGUUUACGUUUUCUCCGCUCACGGUUCAAUCUCUUGAUUUUGCAGCAAACCAAUUUUAAAACAAUUUUUUUAAAUACUAAAAUAUUUAUUAACAAAAUAGCAUUUCCGAUUUUAAGAAAAAUGGGUCGUAACAGAAAAUCAAACCCUUUUGCAGCGAAAAAACGUCAAAAGCGCGAGAACCAAGGAGUCGAUCCACGACCAGUACGCCAAGAGCCCUAUGAGGAUAUUAAACGUGAUAAUGAAGCUUUCAUUAAAUACUAUCAGCUGCAGAAUAUAUGUGCGGACGAAGCGGAAUGGCAAGAAUUUCUUGCUAAGAUACGUGAUAAUUUACCUGUUACAUUCCGUGUAACCGGCUUUCGUGGUGAGGCAAAAGCAUUGCUUGACAUAAUCGAGAGCGACUUGUUUGCUGAUUAUGUGAACAGUGUCGCUGAAUUGCAUGGUAUUGCGAAAGAAGAGGUGGAGCGCCCACUACGUCUACCCUGGUACCCAGAUGGCUUGGCAUACCAACUGCAAUUAACGCGUAAAGAUAUACGCCGCUCGGAACCGCUGUUCCGUUUGCACAAUUUUCUGAUAACCGAAACGAGUGCCGGUAGCAUAAGUCGUCAGGAAGCUGUGUCUAUGAUACCGCCGCUUGUGUUAGAUGUGCAACCCACCGAUAAAGUGCUAGAUAUGUGCGCUGCGCCAGGCUCAAAGACGGCACAAUUGAUUGAAGCGCUACAUAGUGCGCCGGAAAAGCAUAAGAUACCACCGGGUUUUGUCGUAGCCAACGAUGUGGAUAACAACCGGUGUUAUAUGUUGGUGCAUCAGGCGAAAAGAUUGAAUUCGCCGUGCUUUCUGGUGACAAAUCAUGACAGCAGUUUCUAUCCGAAUUUAUUGCAAACGGGCGCAGAUGGCAGUAAAUCAAUUUUGAAGUUUGAUAAAAUUCUAUGUGAUGUGCCAUGCUCGGGCGAUGGCACACUACGCAAGAACCCCGAUAUCUGGACGAAAUGGAAUUUGGCGCAGGCUUACAACUUGCAUGGCAUACAGUACCGCAUUACAAGGCGUGGCGCUGAAAUGCUCAAUGUCGGCGGUCGUUUGGUGUACUCCACAUGCUCGCUAAAUCCCAUAGAAAAUGAAGCUGUGCUGCAGCGUAUAAUAGCUGACGCUGAUGGUGCGCUAGAGAUAGUAGACGCCGCACACUUGGUGACCGGCUUGAAGUUUAAACCCGGCAUGACGAGCUGGAAGCUCGCCACCAAGCAAGUCGACGAAAUAUUCACAAGUUUCGAAGAGGUGCCUGAGAAGUAUCACACGGUCAUACGCCCAAAUAUGUUUCCACUGCCGACGGAGCAAAUCUCGAAGAUCGGUUUGGAAAAAUGCUUACGUGUGCUGCCGCAUUUGCAAAACUCUGGCGGUUUCUUUGUUGCGGUCAUUGAAAAGCGUCGCCAAUUGCCAUUCGAAAAGAAUGACUUGCAGACGCUGCUUGAAAAGCCCAAACCGGAGGUUAAAUUGGAUGAAAACGGCCAGCCUAUCGAAGAAAAGUCAGUGCCGUGGGGACCACAGCGCAAACGCCGACGCCUGCAUGGUUACAAAGAAGAUCCAUACAUAUUCUUCGAGGAAGAAGACGCCGAUUGGGAUGAGUUGAAAUCUUUCUUUGCGCUCGACGACACGCUAAAUAAGCGCUGCUUGCUUACACGCUGUGUCACCGAUAAGAAGAAGAAUAUCUACUAUUGCUCUGAGCCAAUACGUGAUAUGGUAUUAUUGAAUGAAGAUGCCAUUAAGAUUAUAAAUACCGGUGUGAAGACAUUUGUGCGCUGUGAGAAUCGUCAUACCAUGCAUCCCUUCCGCUUGGCGCAGGAGGGUUUGCAGACGACUAAUGCAUUUAUGGGCGCCAUACGACGCAUACAGAUCUCUAGAGAAGAUUUAAUACUGCUGCUCAAUUGCACCGAUCCAACAAAGCCGCCUUCAACGCUGGACUUGGCGCCGGAAACGCAAGAACGUUGCAAGGAAUUAGGCGUUGGCAGCUGCAUUUUGAAGUACGAAGACGCGCGUUUCACGCUUUUCCUGGUGGGCUGGCGCGGUUCCUCUAGCUUACGUGCUUAUGUGGACAGUAAUGAGACAGUGCAUGUGCUGCGCUUAUUGGGCGCUGACAUCAGCAAGUUCGAAGUCAACAAGUACGAGAAGGCUAAGGAGGCUGCGGCAGCUGCAGCUGCGGAGGCAGCAGCGAAUGCAGUUGAAGCUAAAGAUGCGCCAGCAGUAGAGCAAGACACCGACGUGGUUUUGUCUGCUAAUGGCGUUGCAGACGUUGCGCCAGUCGCUGAAUAAUUUAACUAGCUAGCGCAGAAUUUCAUUAUUAUUAAAGUUAAGCCUUAGUUAUGGUAUUUACAUAUAUUUUUUAAAUAUAAAAAUGCUCUAUACAUACAGGUGUAUGUAGAAUAUAAA